GUCACUCUGAAAGGACAGCGAGUGUGCGCGCGCGAAGGGGGGGAGAGCAGAGGCAUUCCUCACUCCUCACUCCUCUUUCUAUUCUUCUCCGUCCGCCGGCUGAUGCUCGCGGUUCACUCUCAGCACAGAUAUGAGCGCAGACCGCAUUCAACUUUGAGGAACACCGAGAGCAGCGCGCGCUAGGAUUACUAUUUACACCCAACUUACUGCAGAACUCCUCCGGCGUUUGUACUGCGAGUUCCCAACUUUCCUUUUUUAUCCGUUCGGUUUGGCCAUGGGCUCUGUGGACAGAAAAGCGGUUUAUUGGCCCGUUUGGUCAUUUGCUCUUGUUUUUGUGCUUUUGAGUCAACGUUGUCAUGGAAGUUGUUCCGAAAAGGAGCUGGAAAAGAGAGAAGAAGAAGCGAAUGUAGUUUUAACCGGGACUGUAGAGGAGAUCUUGAACAUGGAUCCGGUGCACAACACUUAUUCCUGCAAGGUCAGAGUAUGGCGCUACCUGAAAGGCAAGACCAUGAUAAACGGGGAAGUGCUGCUGGAUGGAGGGAACAAAGUGAUGAUCGGUGGGUUUGGGGACCCCCAUAUUUGUGACAAUCAAGUUGCCACCGGAGAUACCCGCAUUUUCUUUGUCAACCUGGCUCCUGAGUACAUGUGGCCGAUCCACAAGAAUGAACUGAUGCUCAACUCAAGCCUGAUGAGGAUUACUCUUCGCAACUUGGAGGAGGUAGAGCACUGCGUUGAAGAUCAUAAAAUGAUCAUUGCAGAUAAACCUGUUCACUUCACACCGGCACCUCCUCCUGAUGGUUGCCGAGGGAAGUUGUGCGGAUUUGGAGCGGUGUGUGAGAGAGACCAGGCUGACCCGUCUAAAGGAGAGUGUGUGUGUAAGAAGAUUGUGUGUACGUCUGUGGUGGCGCCGGUGUGUGGAUCUGACUCCUCCACAUAUUCCAAUGAGUGUGAGCUGGAGAAGGCCCAGUGCAAUACACAGAGACGCAUCAAGGUGAUGCGCAAAGGCCCCUGCGCCCUGAAGGACCCAUGCAGUGAGGUGACCUGUAGCUUUGGCAGCACCUGCAUCCAGUCAUCGGAUGGUCUGUCCGCCAAGUGUAUGUGCCCUCUGAGCUGUGAAAACGUCCCCAAGCAUGUGGUGUGUGGCAGCGACGGCCUGGACUACCAAAGCGAAUGUGAACUCAACAUGAAGGCCUGCGCCACUCAGAAGAACAUCCGUGUGCAUCACCAGGGCCGCUGCGAUCCUUGCAGUGACACUCUGAACAGCUUGAGCACGGCCUGUCGAGUCCACCCAAAGACCUACAAGCAGAUUACCUUUGGCCUGGCUGAGUCUUGUCCGCCUGACGAAAUGCCCAUCUGUGCCAGCGACGGGCACACCUACGAGAGCAUGUGUCAGAUGGAGCACACUGCCCUGAAGAACAACCUGGAGCUCAAGAAGGUCUCUUUAGGCAGCUGCAAGGAAAAGGGGGGCUGCCCGAAUGGUUGUAAGUUCAACGCCAUAUGUUUGCUGGAAAAUGGAGAGUUUCGGUGCUCCUGCGAUCCCAUACAAUGCGACGGCACGUACAAGCCCCUGUGCGGAAAGGACGGCAAGACGUACCCCAAUGACUGUGAGAGGAAACUACAGGAAUGCCGAACCCAAACAGACAUCCCUGUCAAACAACAAGGGCCCUGUGAUCUUAACCUGGAGAGCCCCUGCCUGAAGAAGACCUGCGAGUUUGGAGCCGUGUGCGUGGUGAAGAACAGCGAAGCAGUGUGUGAAUGCUCAGAUGCGUGUCCACAGGACCAAGACCCUGUUUGCGGCAGCGAUGGGCACACAUACAGCAGCUCAUGUCAAAUGAAGGCCAUGGGAUGCGCUCUUCAGAAACAGAUACAGAUGCAGCACAAAGGACCAUGUGCAGAUGAGUCCUGCACCAACUGCUCGUUUGGCGCGAUCUGUGAUGCCCAGACCGGCCGGUGUGUGUGCCCUAAAGGCUGUUUGGAAACACGGCAGCCCGUAUGCGGCAGCGACGGCGUCACGUACGACAAUGAGUGCAAGCUCAAUGUCCAAGCCUGCACUAAACAGCUGGAUCUCAAGGUGGUGGCCCAUGGAGAAUGCAAAACCUGUGGCAGCACUGUGUGUAGCUGGGGGUCGCAGUGCGUGCAGAACAAGUGUGAGUGUCAGCAGUGCACAGGUCAGCCAGUGAAACCCGUGUGUGGCAGCGACGGCAACACAUACAACAAUGACUGCGAGCUGAGACUGGCCUCCUGUCAGAAACAGAGGAAGAUUGAGGUGGCCAAGCCUGGCGUCUGCGAUGAAGACUGUGGCUCAGGAGGCUCCGGCUCUGGAUCUGAGACUUGUGAACAGGAUCGCUGUCGCCGAUAUGGAGGAACGUGGGACGAUGACAUGGAGGACGAGCGAUGUGUUUGUGAACUAAACUGUCAGAUUGUGCUGCACAGCCCGGUGUGCGGUACUGAUGGAAACACGUACUCCAGUGACUGUGAGCUCAAGAAGACCAGAUGCGAAAAGCAAAUAGACCUGAGUCUCCAAAGCCAAGGCCCCUGUCCAACUAUCGUAUCACCACCUCCAGAGCUUGUUGCCUCCCAGCACUGUAGCCAAACAGUUUAUGGAUGUUGUGAAGAUAACAAAACCGCAGCCCUGGGUGUUGGACAGGCUGGAUGUCCUAGUGUGUGUCAGUGCAAUCAUUACGGCUCAUACGGAGGCACAUGUGACCCCUCAACCGGCCAGUGCUCCUGUAAGCCUGGCGUCGGCGGACUGAAGUGUGACCGCUGUGAGCCUGGAUUUUGGAACUUCCGCGGCAUCGUCACAGAAAACAUGAGCGGCUGCACACCAUGUAACUGUGAUGGAGUGGGUUCGGUUCGUGACGACUGCGAGCAGAUGUCAGGCCUGUGCUCCUGUAAGCCUGGAGUUAAGGGCAUGAAAUGCAACGUGUGCCCCGAUGGCAGCAAGAUGGGAGUCAGCGGCUGUGACAAAGGACCUAAGGCUCCCAAGUCCUGUGCUGAGCUUGUGUGCCACUUUGGGUCUUCAUGUGUGGAGGUGAAUGGACAGGCUCACUGUGAGUGUCCUUCACCAGAUUGUGACGAGAAAAACAAGACCAAGGUAUGUGGUUCUGAUGGGGUCACCUAUGCAGACCGGUGCCAGCUGAAGACCAUUGCAUGCCGACAAGAUAAGGAGAUCAAGGUGGAGCAUUUAGGCCAGUGCAAAGAAUCCAUUGAGCUGACGGCCAAACCCACCCCCUUCCCAACCACCCACCGCACCACCCCUCCCACCGCUCACGUCAAGGUCACCAAACAGCGCCAUGGCCACCACACCACCACUCCGGACAGCUUUGUGGUGGAGGCACUGCCUCCACCGAGGUUGGAUAUGGAGCGAAAGUUGUCCAGCCCUUUCACCACCCACCGUCCCACUACACCCUACAAACCACCCCACACCUCAUCCCCACCCCUGGACUUUGACGAGUCGGGCAGUGGAGAGCCCAGUGGGGAUGAUGAGAUGGUGAGCGGAAUGGAGGAGAGCGGAGAAGAGCCACUUGGUACAACAGUAGCUACUACCACUCUUCCCACAGCUGAGGAGCGAUCGUCCUGUGACAACACAGCGUUCGGCUGCUGUCCCGAUGGGAAGACGGCCGCCGUCAACUCAGAGGGCACAAACUGCCCAUCCACCAUGCGUUUCAAUGGCUUCCUGCACCUGGAUAAGGUAGAGGGUCAGGAGGUCUUCUACACGCCUGAGAUGGAGGACCCCAAAUCGGAGCUGUUCGGUGAAACGGCCCGAAGCAUCGAGAGCGCUAUGAAUGAGUUGUUCCGCAAGUCUGAUGUCCAGAAAGACUUCCAGAGUGUCCGUGUGAGGAAUCUGGCCCCCAGCAACUCCAUUAUAGCCCUUAUCGAGGCUCACUUUGACCCAGACACAAGGUUCAAUGUUGAGGAUAUUGAGGGAGCCCUUCUCAAACAGCUCAAGGCGUCUAAAGACACUGGCAUCGUUGUGAAGAAACCGGAGGAAGAGAACAUCCGCAUCACCAACUAUGGUCUUUCAACUGUUCCUUACUUUACCACCACAACAACCACUGUGGCAUCUGUCACGACUCCCUCCACCACCACCACCACAAUGUCUCCCAGUUCUGCUUAUACCACUCUCCGGCCCAUAACUACUAGACGGCCCUUCACAAGCCAUAGGACCACCACGCCAGCACCAACCACCACCACUGCACCGCAUGUGCCCAAGACCACAGUCUCGCUAAUGAACAGACUAGGGGCCCAUGCUCACAGUCCAUGUGACUCUCAGCCCUGCCGACAUGGAGGAACCUGUGAAGAAGAUGACAAUGACUUCACCUGCAUCUGUCCAGCAGGACGAGGAGGAGCCGUGUGUGAGAAAGUUAUAAAGUACUUCAUACCAUCCUUUGGUGGAAAGUCUUACAUGGCGUUCCAGACCAUGAGGGCCUACCAUACUGUGCGCAUUGCCAUGGAGUUCAGGGCUUCGGAAAUGACUGGGAUAUUGCUCUACAAUGGGCAAAAAAGCAAAAAGGACUUCCUUUCUCUGACACUGGUUGAAGGAUAUGUGGAGCUCAGGUUUAACACUGGUUCUGGGACAGCUUCAGUUAUCAGUAAAGUCCUGGUAAAGCCGGGUCGCUGGCAUCAGCUUGUAGUAGUACGUAACAGGCGCAAUGCCAUGCUGAGCGUGGACAAUGAGCCCAGCGUUGAAGGACAAAGUCCUCCAGGAACAGAUGGACUCAACCUGGACACAGACCUUUUCAUCGGCGGAGUGCUUGACGACAUGAGUGCAGAUGUAAAGGAGAGGACGUCAGUUUCAGCAGGCCUGGUGGGCUGCAUCCGCAUGCUGGACGUCAACAACUUUGUUUAUAAUCUGCAAGAGAAUGGUGGCAGCGUUCUGUACGGUUCGGCCAUUGGCGAGUGUGGCAACAACCCAUGCCUGCCAAACCCUUGCAAGAACGGAGCGUCCUGUCAGGUCAAAGAAGCUGAGAUUUUCCACUGCAAAUGUGUCAACGGUUUCUCUGGCCCGACCUGCGCUGAUGCCCACAACCCCUGCGACCCCAAUAAAUGCCACACGCCAUCACGGUGCCAGGUCCUUCCAGAGGGAGGUUACAAAUGCGAAUGUCCGAUGGGACGUGAAGGCAGGCACUGUGAAAAAGUGUCAGACAAGGGAGGCGCUUUCAUUCCUUACUUCACUGGAGAUUCUUUCCUGGAGCUCAAAGGCCUCCAUUCCUAUGGCCAGGAUCUCAGGCAAAAAUUCAGCAUGACUAUCGUUCUACUGGCCAAUGACUCCAAAGGGAUGAUCUUCUACAAUGGUCAGAAGACGGACGGCAAAGGAGAUUUCAUCUCGCUCUCUCUUAAUGACGGCAUCCUGGAGUUCAGAUAUGACCUGGGCAAAGGGCCAGCUGUCAUUAGGAGUAAAGAAAAAAUCAAGCUGAACGAGUGGAACACGGUGAACCUAGAACGGGCCAGCAGAAAAGGAGAGAUUAGCAUUAACGGCAAAGACCCUGUCAGAGGAGAGGCGCCGAAUCAGCACACGGAUCUCAAUCUGAAGGAAUCGCUCUUUGUGGGCGGAGCUCCUGAUUUCCGCAAAGUAGCCAGAGCUGCUGCGAUCAAAGAUGGCUUCAAAGGGGCCAUUCAGGAGAUUAAAUUGAUGGGAAUUCAAGUCCUGAAAGCUGAUAAUGCCCUUUCGUCCACCGACGUGUCAAUGUAUCCUUACCAUCCCUGCUCCAAAGACGUUUGUGAGAACGGAGGCCGCUGCAACCCCAAGCUGAACAGCUACGAUUGCGCCUGCCGCCACGGAUUCUCCGGACACCACUGCCAGGACACAAUAUUCGAGAAGUCCGCUGGGGACACGGAGGCCAUUGCGUUUGAUGGUCAUACAUUCAUCGAAUAUCACAACGGAGUCACCAAAAGCCAACUGACCAAUGAGAUCCCAGACCCUGAGUCACUGGAGAACCCAUCUGACCAGAGCGAGAAAGCCCUGCUGGUGAAUAAAUUCGAGCUGAGCAUCAAGACGGAGGCUACGCAUGGUCUGAUUUUGUGGAGCGGGAAGGGAGUUGAGCGCUCUGACUACAUCGCCCUCGCCAUUGUGGAUGGAAGAGUACAGAUGACCUAUGACCUUGGCUCCAAGCCCAUGGUGCUUCGCUCCACUGUACGGGUCAACACCAACCACUGGAUACGAAUCAAGGCCAGCAGAGCGCUCAGAGAUGGCUCUCUGCAGGUUGGUAAUGAGGCAGCUGUCACUGGGUCUUCACCCUUGGCUGCCACACAGCUGGACACAGACGGCGCUCUCUGGUUGGGUGGACUGGAGGAGCUGUCUGUGGCUCGACGGCUGCCCAAAGCUUACAGUACAGGCUUCAUCGGCUGCGUCAAAGACGUGAUAGUGGACGGCGUGGAGCUGCAUCUGGUGGAGGACGCCUUAAAUACUCCCAAAAUAUCACACUGUUCUGCCAAAUAAUCUGGCAACGCGCUCCUCCCAACACCAUGUCUACUGCUGUAAUUAUUUUUUCUAUUUUUUGUAUACUUUCCUUUCGCCUUUUAUAUUGGAAAACAAAAAAUUACAUUGUUUUAAUUACACUUUUGUUUGUUUGGUUUAUUUUCAUCCCCUCCCUCUGUCUUUGCAUCCAACCCGUAAUCGUGCUCUCAUUCGGCGAACAUGGUGUCAUAAAGACUAGCAAAAAGUCCCAUUUAUGUCUGUGCUGUUUCUGCGGUAAACACCACGAUCAUUACUUGAACAGUGGCAGAUGAGAUUCAGGAUUGCCUUUUCUCAGUGCCAUAACAUGAUCCAUUCAUUCCUCUGAGCUGCUGUCGCUGUGCUCCUUGCUACGUUUUAAAGGUCUAAAAAAAUAAACCGCUUUCUGCUUUAUCGACAGAUGACAGCAACUGUUAAAUAAACCGAGCAAGACUAUGAAACCACUAACGAGUAGCUAACUGGCGUAACAUUAGCAUUCCUCAAAAAUCACGUCAUUGACCUGUGAGAUGUUAUAAAUAGUGAUGAAAAUACACGAGACUGUGACUUUUUGAAGAUGCUAUUUUAUUUUAUUUUUUUGGUUGCGAUCAUUCAUGUGUUGUGCAUAUCUAAAAUAUAAAUAUAUAGAGAGAAAAAUACAUAUAUGCUAUAAGACCACUUGUUGCAUGCAUCUUUUUAAAAGUGUUGGGUUGAUUUUGCCUCAGUUUUGUUUUGUUUUGCUCAUCAUUCCAUUCAGGGCAGAAAUGUAGCUGACUACAUUGCAAUUUUGACAUCUGGUUAUUUCAAGUUGGGAGAUUAAUUUUAUAUCUGCUAUUUGUCAAUCUCGAAUUGUGAGUGUGUGCGUGUGUGGAUGUGUGUGUUGGAAAAACGGUUGUUGCAAGAAGUCAACAUUGGGAGGCGCUGUAACACAGGAAGAGACUCAAAACACAUGAGGUGGACAAACAACGAAACACCAUUGACAUUCUUGGCAUGCUUCAUCAUCGAACAAAUUUCACUACACUUUUUUUUCCUAUUGUAUCUUAUCAAAUGUCGCUUUAAAAAUGCUGCCAGCACUUGCUAUGUAAAAAAGGGAUGAUGUAUGUAAACCCCCUUGCAUCCUGUUCAACAUGUUCGGUAACCAGUGAAAAUAUUAAUGCAUGGGUUUGUCAAGUCAAAAUGGUUUUGUAAACCUGUUCCGAGACAAAUGCAAUGCUGUGGUGCUGUUCGGUGUGAGAAUUAUUAUGAGUUUGAUACCUGAUGCUUUGCAAUAUUCCACUACAAAUAUGCCUGUUCAGGGUAACGUAUCUUUUUUAUUUUCUUUUUAUUUUUUUUUAACAAAUCCUCUUUGGACAUGCAAGAUCAUAAUCGUCAUCAUGUACAGCCCUGUGAUUUUCAAGUGUAAAUUUGUUACUGAGUUUCUUUUCUUUUUUUUUAAGUAUUAUACACUGGAAGUGAGUUAUGGGUGGGAUACUGGGAAUAAUGGAUGAUUUUUUGGGUUGUCACAGGAUGUCAUGUUACUGCACGAGCCGUAUGGACCGUCCACCUUUUUUUUAGUAUAGUAUUUCACCUUCACUUUUCCAGCGGACUGGAUUUCUGAUCUUUUUUGUAAUAUUUUUUUGUUUUUUUGACAUCCUCCUCCAGUAGCUUUUGCUCUCAAGGGACGCGAGAACUGCAUUGGAAAACCUGCUGUGUGAAUGGAAACUGAGAAAUGCCUUAAAAUCAUUCACCGUUCACAGGUGACAAAAGUUCAUGUCCAUAUUGUUCUGUGCUCUCACUUCUAUUAGCCUCAUCAUGUAAAUUAAUUCAUAAAUGUUAAUAAUUAUAUUAAUAAUAAUGCUUAAGAGAAUUUCCAGAAGGCCUCGAUAAUAGUGGUUCUGGACUCUACAAGAAUACUAUUUACUGUACAAAUACUAUUUUCAGUAUCUUAUUUAUGUCUUGAGAGGAUUCUCAUUCUGGCAUUUGUAAACUAUUGAUUGAUUGAUUGAUUGACUGAUGGAUUGACUGAACUAGAUCUGAUGGGCAGUGCAGAAUGAGAGGCAUGAUGUUACCAUUACUAACUUUAUUACUUGUGUCUUGUGUUCCUCCAACCACCAUACAAAUAAAAUGUAAAACAAACUGAUCUGACUACUUUUCUGUAACAUUUACUCCUGAAUAAUGUCUGUGAAUAAAUCCCUCCAGUUCCCAAA